AUGACAACAUCCAACAAAGAUUUCUAUUUCAGCGUUUUGCGCGUGUCAAUGCUGCAAUUAUUGAAAAGUCAGGGUUUCGACAAGGCUCCACCGACGAUUGUGGACGCUUUCACAGAUCUUUAUGUGCGUUUCUUACAGCUGUUGACGCUGGAAGUGAUGAAAUUGUCGCGUUGCAGGAUGGAUGAAUACGAAGACAUCGCUUUGCAGGAUCUAUCGCAGGCCCUGGUAAAUGUGGGACUGCUGAAGCCUAUGAAUGUACUUGAUGUUUAUGACGAGAAUCCCGAGCUUCUGAGUGAUCUGGGCAUGCAAAGAUUCAAAAAUUGGUGUCUUCAUAGCGCCAUGCCCCGCGAGGCGCGCACCGUAGCGACUCCCACUCCAGACUUACUACGUCCCAGAGAGGGCAUUUCAAAACCACUGUCGAUAAUUCCCGAAUACAUUAAUCAACUGGAUAAAACUACGCAUAAAAGCCAGUCCACAAACGAGCUUCGAGAGGAGGAUUUUGUAGAGCAAAUGAUGAACAGUGGAGACAUGGAUAACUGGAUUCAGUUUCUGAUUCGCGACCAGCAACUCCAGAUAGCCAAGAAAAUAUCAGCGAAAGAGGUAAAAGAUGUGAAAGCUCUGCCGUCCAUACCGGGCUUGAAGUUUUCUACACUGGUAUCUAAUCCUGUUCAGGACAAUAACGAGCUAGUUCCUUCUCAACCUCAAUUUGAUGAGACGGAUGAUAAGUUUGUAAAGGAAAAGGCCCUUCUGUCAAAGAUGAUUGCCAAUCAACAGGAUACCAGGUUAGAAAACAUCAGGUUGUCAUUUGAUGAUGAAACACUCUCAAGCAGCGAUAGCGACCUUGAAAUUAGCGACGUGGGAUUUGUUGACGAAGAAGCAAAUGAAGAUAUUGACAGUUUUGAGAGACUUGAAGGACACAUGCCUCUGACUUUAGACGCGAAUCCAGACAUACAGGCUGAUGCAGCGGAGAGUACCGCAGACACCUUUCCUAGAAAGGAUUAUAUGGAUCUUGACGACGUUUUCAACAACCAAGAAUUUGAUUUCAAUAAUUACUAA